UCCAGCCAAUCGCCAAUGGCUGUUUGCCUUCAAAUUCAAACUGGCCAAUGGUCGUGAGGUACUCCUGUCCAAUAGCGUUUCUACUUUGUGGUCACGUGAGGCAUCGGGUUUGACAGACAACAUUUUCUGCCAAUGUCCUUCAGCAGUAGCUGGCUGUUCGGCGCUCCAGAGCGAAUAGCAGUGUGCUGAGGUUAAUCCUAAACUGUUCACAGUGCCGUGGCGCUGGAGCUUUCAGCAUGGCUCUUUCUCAGACCAUCGAUGAUUCUCCGAAUUGGAGAAUUCAUAGGCACCCACCGGACUGCGAGCUCGCCGCUGUUUAUAAUGAGCAGCACCGACUGGCUCUAGAGGCUCUGGUGUCCGGGGGCCCAGAGUCCUUCGUGGAGUUCUUGCGGAGAGAGCGACUGCCCUGCUUUCUUUCCGCCGCAGAGCUCAGGGGGAUUUUGGCCGCUGCAGCUCCACCUGCCUGCCCCCUGGCUCUGGAGGAAUCGGGUUCGGAGCAGAGCGCCGCAGUCGACGGAUCGUCCCUCACAUACUUCCCUGAGGUGUCGGAUGUGGAGCCCCCGCUACUAGAGCUUGGCUGGCCCGCCUUCACAACCGGGUCGUUUCGUGGUGUGACUCGGGCAGUAGCGCACUUCCAGCCCGCUUACGGAGACUCCAUCUAUCGCUGCAAAGAAGCGGUCCGGAGGAUGAUCCGCAGCGCCAAGGAGGUAAUUGCCAUAGUAACAGACUCUCUGACAGAUUUGGAUAUUUUCCAUGACCUGCAGGAGGCAUCUUUGCGCCAGGUGCCUGUUUACAUUGUGCUGGAUCAGUCAUCCCUCUCAGAAUUCCUGCAAAUGUGCAAAAGCCUUCAUGUGCGUUUGACUGAGCUCCGGCAUAUGAGGGUGCGGACCAUAACUGGCUCGACUUACUACCUGAGGUCAGGUGCACGGAUCGCUGGGAAGGUUCAUGAGCGCUUCAUGUUGAUUGAUGGAAACAGAGUGGCUACAGGCUCCUACAGGUUCAACUGGACUGAUGGUAAACUGAACAGCAGUAACCUGAUUGAGCUUUCUGGCCAGAUAACAGAGAGCUUUGAUGAAGAGUUCAGAAUCCUGUACGCUCAGUCCCUCCCAGUGAACACCAAUGCACCUUCUACUAUCAGAAACGGUGGAAUCUAUGACCACCUGCUGCCCAAACCCCUAGGAACUCCAUGGGGCAGGCCAGCCAGCCUGGUGCCAGCAUGUCUCACAAGCACACCCAACACAGCCCACAUCCAGCAGAGCAGACAGAUUCAACAAGACAAGGAGAGUGACGGUAGGAAAAGCUCUCCAGUGUCUGACAGUUCCACUCUCGGAGAGGACUGGUUGGAGCAGGAACUCCAACAGGACAUUAUUGCUUCUGAAGAACCUCCAGGUUUAUCUCCUCUGAAAGCAGAGAAGGUUGAAAGCCCAAUUAGCUGUCAUUCUGUUGGAGUUAUGACUUUUUCAAAUGCCCAAAUCUGCCACAUUUCCACACAAACUAGCCCAACAGCACACUGCACAGUUCAGACAGAAAUGCACCUCUCCCCUCCAUCCUCAAGCUCCUCUUCCAGCCCAAGGUCCUCCUCCACCACAAGCCCUUCCCCAUCGAGGGAUGGCCCUGCCCCCCAGAUGGUAAACCUCUGCCCCCCAAUUGAAGGCAGUAAUCUUAGAGAGAGUUUCUGCAGACUGGCCAAAGAGCGGCAGCUCCACUACACCACCAUCCGCUCCAAACUGGAGCACAUGAUGCUGCUGUUGGCCCACAGGUGUGAGCCGGUAGACGUGGGUUUAUCCCUUGGCUCCAGCCUACACAAGGCCUACAGGGGCUCUGCCCACCCAGCAGUAGAGGGAGCAUUUAUGGGAACGUGGCCAAGAGCAAGGGGUCUGCAGUGAAGGUUGGGGGAAGGGUAGACAUGGUUUUAGUACCUCAGUUUUAAUACAUUUACACAACCAAGAAAGGCUUUAUAGUAAAUAGGCCUGUAGACAUUAGUUAUCAAAGUUAAAUAGUUGUUGACUGUCUCGAUUAUGGAUAAAAGCUUUACUUUAUAAACAAAAAACACAUUAUAAUUCUGUAUAGUGUUCAUAUGAUUUAUAUGAUCAUUAUGGCAGAUUGACAUACUACAGUGAGCUGGGGGGGGGGUGGCCUCUAUAAAAAGACAUCUCUUGACGCAUGAAUAUAUUAAAAAUAUAUAUAUUUUUGCACUUCCCCACCUAAAAUUACAACCCAGAUCGACCAAAAUCUAAAAAAUAAAACUGGCUGAUUAAUAAUUGCCUGAUUUAAGCCAUUUUUGCCUGGUUCCAGUUAUGCAUCUCUAAUAACAAUUUAGCUAUAAUUAAGUUAUUUUGUGAAUUAUUGAGGUGGUCCUAUUAUGAGUGCUCUGUGUUCCUAUUAAUUAUUUGACUAAUAAUUAAACUGCAAAGACAGUGACUGCUCUACCUAUCUAAUGUUAGCUGUUCACCCGCCUAUGAUUGUCAUGAUGAGCAGUGGUUUGUACUCCAA